AUGACCACAGGCAUGAGCACAGCAGGCGUUCAUCGAGGCUUCCUCAAGAAAUAUGGGGGCUUCAUGUUCAAGCAGUGGAAGGAAAAGUACCUCGUGCUGACCCUGGAGGGAAGCCUGUUUGUGUGCCGUGAUGCAGAUUCCCCUCCAGACCAGGUGGUAGCACUACAAACCAACUGUGAGUCGAUUGCAGAGGGACGAGAAAUCCUUGACCUGCCCAAGUUACCUCCAGGGGGCCGGAGGGACUGCUGCUUCGCCCUCAUCCUGCCGCAGAACAAGUUCCUGCUGCUUCUCACUGACAGCCCAGAUGACUGCAAUCUGUGGCUGACUUUGAUCAGGAAAGUGAGAGAGGGUGUCAUGUCACCCCUGACCCUUCAGAGACAGCACAGCAUCACUCCUUGCAUCACCGACAGAGACCCCCUGCCCGACUCCUCCAGUGAUAAAGACCCCGGGUCCCCCAGGGUUGGCGAGGGCACUCCUCCUCUGUCUCGAGUCACUGAGCGGGGAGGCUCCUUCAGAGACAGAGGCCAAAACCAAGCCUUUGGACCAAGGCGGUCGCUGCGCAGUGUCUCUGUGGCCCCCCCUCAUCGUAUGUCAGAUUGUCUUCGCCAUGGCAACAGCAGCGAUGCCCGGGCGGUGAGGGCGGUGUGCCUGCUGAUGGGAGGGGCAGCGGCCUCCUCUGCUCUGGGCUACAUCAACUCCUGCUCCCCUUCCUCUCCCCUUGCAAGCAGAGCCCCAGAGAUCGCCCAUGGCACAGGGGGCUUCUCCGAGCUCCCAGCAGGGGGCUCCUUCCACGCCUGCAGCCAGGACGUCGACUCCCCUCACUUCAACAGCUUCGACUUUGAAGGAGACUCCGACUUUGAUGCAUUUGACUGUGGAGGAUUUGCUUUUUAGUUUUGAUCAGAAAGGGAGAGAGAGAGAGAGAGAGAGAGAGAGAGAGAAAAAAACAGUUUGAAAGAUUAUCUUCUCUUUAAAGUCCUUGUUUUGGUAUUCCUUUAUAUUAUAAGAGAAUUGUUAGCAUAUUACUUAAUCACUUGUUUGUUAUCUAUGCGUCUUAUUGUUUAAUUUAUAAAUUAAUGAAGGUGUUCUUCCUGGCUUUAUGCCCAUGCUCCUCAGGUAAAUCAUUCAUGAUCCGGACUCCUCUGAACACUGUCUGUCUGUGUUGUAGCAGUCUUUCCAUGCCACAGGAUGGCUUGAGUUUAACUGAGUGAGCUGUGCAAUGAUUCCAGACAGCGACGCAGACGUUUAUAGGGAAAUUUAAACAGUUGUGUUACUCCGCUGUCUCAUCUUUGUGUUCAUUUUAUACUUUUUUUAAACAUUUGUUCCAUGUGAAUAUUUUCUCCUCAUCCACUUUCUCUCCAUUCCAUUGGCACUUUCCUUGAUUUCCUUUUGUCCUGCGUUCAGAAAUCAUCCCCA